CAAAAAUCUGGUGAAUUACAGAUGAUCAACUUGAUUGAAAUUAUGAUAUUACGUUUAGGAAGCUUCCCACACUUAAAAGUAUCAAACGCUGCGCCAACAGAUGCGACCAUACUCGCAGAUAGAGAAAGAAUACAAGAGGCACAUUCUGCGAAAUUUUAUCAGAGGUCUUCACCAUUUUGGAAAGAGUAUUAUGUCGAAAAUGGAUAAGAUUAACACUUCUAGUUCUGAAAAUGUGCGUAACUCCAAAUCUCAUUUUUGCGACAACUUUGGAAUUCCUGGAGUGAUUGGUUGUAUCGACGGCACUCACGUUAAAUUUAUGAAGCCUUGCCAGAACGAACAUCUUUAUUUUAAUAGGAAAGGAUGCUUCAGCAUAAACGCGAUGAUCAUAUGCGAUUACAAAAUGGCAAUAAGAGCGGUUGAUGCCUGUCAUCCCGGGUCCUGUCACGAUUCCUUCGUUUUCAAUUUAAGUAGUGCAAAGCAGUUACUGUUAUCAAAGUAUGAAAGUGGAGAUCGGAAUUCUUGCUUACUUGGGGAUUCAGGAUAUGGUUUGGAUACUUUUUUAUUAGUUCCUUACAGAGAUCCAAGGGCUGGAACUCCACAGCAUAAAUUUAAUAUGCAACACUCUAAAGCCCGCAACAUCGUUGAAAGAGUCUUGCAGUGCUCAAAAGCCGUUUCAAAUGAUUGCAAACUGUUUUGCCAUAUGCGCCCCAGAAAGUUGUUAAAAUAAUUAAUAUUUGCAGUGCCUUGCAUAAUAUAUGUAUGUCGGUUUUAUAAUUUGAAUGGUUUUGCUGAUAACUUUUCUUAUGAAUUUCGCUGGUGAUAAUCAUCCCUAUUCUGCAUUUCGAUUACGUUCCC